AUGGAUUUUAUAAGUGGAAAAGAAAGUGGUGAAACGGAAACCAUCGUUAGGAGUUUGGCUGUUGUACAAUGGGCUCAAUUUAUAUCAUCGGAUUUAAGUAAAACUGUGGCAACCUCGAUGAGUAAUGGCGCCCCAAUUGAAUGCUGUAGUAGCCAGAAUUAUAGAAUCCAACCUCGUCACAAUCAUCCUGCCUGUGCACCUUUGCUAAGAGAAGAUUCAAAUAGGCGUUAUGGUCAGGCCACUUGCUUGAAUUAUGUUCGCAGUGCUUUGGCUGUUGGCAACACUUGCACUUUUGCAGCUCCCGAAUUAAAGCUGAAUCAAGCUACUGGUGACUUGGAUAUGUCCCCUCUAUAUGGUUUCACAGAAUCUGCACGUCAACGUAUACGUCUCUAUAAAGAUGGCCUGUUGAAAUCAACUAAUCCGGGGCAAAUAAAAAAUUCCCUUCUCCCAUUGGUGACCAAGGACUCACACCAUUUCUGUGCCCAUCGCCUCGACAAAGAGGGUAGCGAUCGUAACAAUUGUUUUAUGUCUGGUGAUUCCCGGGUCAAUAGUAAUCCCUUCACCAUUACCUUAUAUACGAUAUUUAUGCGUAAUCACAAUCAAUUGGCCACCGCAUUAAAAAAGGCCCAUCCACAAUGGAAUGAUGAGAAGUUAUAUCAAACGGCCAAGACUAUAAAUGUAGAUAUCUAUAAAAGGAUUGUAUUGAAGGAAUGGUUGGUCAAUGUGUUGGGUAGAAGUAUGGUCGGAGAAAUUGAGAAGGAACAACGGAAAAUCGGAAAAAGUGGAAGUUCAGUGGAAGUAUCCAAUGAAUAUGCCAUUGCUGCGUCACGUUUUUAUUUAUCCAUGAUGCCGAAUGAUGUGCAUAAUUAUGGGUUCGGGGAUGUUUCAGCUUCGAGCACAGUACCACCCACGGAUAUUUUCACCUUAAAGGAUCAAUUGUAUAAUUCGAAUAUCAGCUAUACGGCCCAGAAGUUGGAUGAAAUCCUUAAUGCAGUCAUUCAUCAACGUACCAUGCGUAUGGAUAAUUCUUAUGUGGAGAGUCUUGUUUCCAAUUCCGUAAGACGUCCAACACACAGUGAUGCCUUGGCAUUUGAUAUCCAACGGGGUAGAGAUCAUGGUCUACAACCGUACUAUAAAUAUUUGGAAGUUUGCACCAAUGUUAAAAUAUCGAAAUGGGAUGAUCUGAAACAAUUUAUUGCUGCUGAAGACAUUGAAAAACUUAAAAAGGUCUAUCAAAAUUGGCAGGAUAUUGAUCUAAUUGUUGGUGGUAUUUCUGAAAUCCCAGCUAAGGAUGCUGCCGUUGGACCAACAUUCCAAUGUAUUAUUGUUAAUUUGCCACAUUUAAGACAAAUAAAAAUCUAA